AAAGUGAUGUUUCCAGACGGACCCUGAGCCGCACUGUUCAUUUAUUAUUACCCCAGUAUACCGAUUUAAUUUGUAUUAUUGUGUAAUUUAACGUACGUAAGCCUAAUAAUUGAAGCGUUAUGGCGUCGAAGCGAAAAGCAGACAUGGUGAUCCCUGCUGAGGAAAGCGACCAGCUCCUCAUCCGUCCUCUUGGCGCUGGGCAGGAGGUUGGGAGAUCUUGUAUAAUCCUGGAGUUCAAAGGGAGGAAAAUUAUGCUGGACUGCGGCAUCCAUCCGGGUUUGGAGGGAAUGGAUGCUCUUCCCUAUAUCGACCUGAUCGACCCCGCGGAGAUCGACCUCCUCCUCAUCAGCCAUUUUCACUUGGAUCACUGCGGGGCUCUGCCCUGGUUCCUCCAGAAAACCAGCUUUAAGGGGCGGACAUUCAUGACGCACGCCACCAAGGCCAUCUACCGCUGGCUGCUGUCAGACUACGUCAAAGUCAGUAACAUCUCUGCAGAUGACAUGCUGUACACUGAGACCGACCUGGAGGACAGCAUGGAUAAAAUCGAGACCAUCAACUUCCAUGAGGUGAAGGAAGUGGCUGGGAUCAAGUUCUGGUGCUACCAUGCUGGUCAUGUGCUGGGAGCGGCCAUGUUCAUGAUCGAAAUAGCUGGAGUUAAACUGCUGUACACAGGCGACUUCUCCAGACAGGAAGACAGACACCUGAUGGCAGCGGAGAUCCCGAGCGUCAAACCUGACAUCUUAAUCAUAGAGUCGACCUACGGGACUCACAUCCAUGAGAAGAGGGAGGAGCGCGAGGCUCGCUUCUGCAACACGGUGCACGACAUCGUCAACCGGGAGGGCCGCUGCUUGAUUCCUGUGUUCGCCUUGGGACGGGCCCAGGAGCUGCUGCUCAUCCUGGAUGAAUACUGGCAGAAUCACCCAGAACUCCACGACAUUCCCAUCUAUUACGCCUCAUCUCUGGCCAAGAAGUGCAUGGCUGUCUACCAGACCUACGUCAAUGCAAUGAACGACAAAAUCCGCAAAGCAAUCAACAUCAACAACCCCUUUGUGUUCAAACACAUCAGCAAUUUGAAGAGCAUGGACCACUUUGACGACAUCGGCCCCAGCGUGGUGAUGGCGUCGCCGGGUAUGAUGCAGAGCGGCCUCUCCAGGGAGCUGUUCGAGAGCUGGUGCACCGAUAAGAGGAACGGCGUCAUCAUCGCUGGGUACUGUGUGGAGGGAACUCUAGCUAAGCACAUCAUGUCUGAGCCGGAGGAGAUCACCACCAUGUCCAGUCAGAAGCUGCCGCUCAAGAUGUCGGUGGACUACAUCUCCUUCUCCGCCCACACCGACUACCAGCAGACCAGCGAGUUCAUCCGGGCCCUCAAGCCGCCUCAUGUGAUUCUGGUUCACGGGGAGCAGAACGAGAUGGCCCGCCUGAAGGCAGCGCUGAUCCGGGAGUACGAGGACAACGACCAGGUCCACAUCGAGGUGCACAACCCUCGCAACACGGAGGCCGUCACUCUCAACUUCAGGGGAGAGAAGCUGGCCAAGGUGAUGGGUUCCCUGGCUGAUAAGAAAUGUGCUCAGGGUCAGAGGGUGUCCGGCAUACUCGUCAAGAAGAACUUCAAUUACCACAUCCUGAACCCGUCCGACCUCUCGACGUACACAGAGCUGGCCAUGAGCACGGUGAAGCAGAACCAGGCCAUCCCGUUCACCGGGCCGUACUCGCUGCUCGUCUGCCACCUGAGGAACCUGACAGGGGACGUGGAGGAGCUGGACGGCACCGAGAAGAAAACGCUGAAGAUCUUUAAAAGCAUCACUCUGGUCCACGAGGUCGGCAUGGUGGUGCUGGAGUGGGUAGCCAAUCCGCUGAACGACAUGUUUGCUGAUGCCGUCACCACUGUGGUGCUGGAGGUGCAGUCCAACCCAAAGGCUCAGAAAGUCAUGGAGACGCAGACCACCACCAUGGACAUGGAUGUCUUCCAGACCCGGUUAGAGGUCAUGCUGCAGGACAUGUUUGGAGAGGACUGUGUGGACUUCAGCGAUGGGAAAGUCAUUUCUGUGACGGUGGACGGACAGACGGUCCACAUCAGCUUGGAGACGCGGUCGGUUUACUGCGAGGACGACGUCUCGGAGGACGACUCCCUCAGAGAGAUGGUGGAGCUGGCCGUGCAGCGGCUCUACGACGCCCUGAACCCGGCCCUCUGAGGACGGGCCUCCAACCAGAAACUGGAUCUUUUAACAGAACUACUGUAGAACAGAAGAAUAAGCUUGAUUUUACAUGUUUUAGCUGAUGUACAAGCACUUUACGUUAACUGUAUUUGUGUAGAUUUGCUGUAGUUUUCAUGUCAUCCCUACAAAUAUGCACUGAUUUAGCCUGUUUGACUGUGAACUUAUAACUGCACCAGCGGUUGGUGUUUGCUGCAUGUUAAAACAUUUUUUAUUUAAAAGAUGAUUAUAAAGUCAAAAAUGAA